AUGUCAUUCUCUUUCUGCAAGGAGUACGGGAAGGACAAGGUAAUCUUUGUAACCAAAGAGGACCAUGCCACGCCCAGCACCAUUGAGUUGCCGCCACCGGAACAGCCGGAGGGUGUGAUCACGAAGGAUGGAAAGAUCAACUGGAGUUGUCCCUGUCUGGGUGGAAUGGCCACCGGGCCCUGUGGCGUCGACUUCCGCGAGGCUUUCUCCUGCUUCCAAAACAGCACCGCCGAUCCCAAGGGUUCCGAUUGCUACGACGCCUUCACCAAGAUGCGCGACUGCUUCCAGAAAUAUCCCACCGUGUACAACAAGUCCGGUGGAGACGACGACGACGACGAUGGAUUAGGCGAAGCCUUAGACACGGAAGGGGGCUCCAUUGGAGGUCAGAAUGCAGAUCCGUUGGCGGAUGUGGGGACUGGAGGUGGCGACGAGAUGGCGGCCCCCAAGGGCAACUCUGUGGUGCCUAAGGCCUAGAUGGGAUCAUGUCGUAUUCAUCAUGCUUGAAAGAUAAGAGCUAAAUAGGUAUGACUUGGUACAAAAUAAAUAAAGCUUGUCAUAGUUGGGGGCACUCGGGCUCCAAUCAUAUACACCAUCUGUCGUGACCGUUCGAAAAAUUUAUAUUUUGGAUACGAGUUAAAUUAAUGAUACGUAGUAGUUGUUGAAAAUAAAUCAUCCUUAGCGAUUAAAACAGUA